AGAGCUCACGUCGGCACACGGUGCCCAGUUCACCAUCCAGUGAUGGAGCGACAGUCCAGUGAUGCAGGCAAAGCAACAUUCAGCAAGUUUGGCGUCGACGCACUACCCUCUCUCCACCUUGUGCCGACCAGACGCUACGGUGGCCGUAGUGCAGCCAUGCGCCAGCUUCGUGUCGUGCUGCUAGUUGGCUCUGCUAUUUCUAAUUUCGGUGUGGGGGCACAUAUAAACGACCAGAGCUCCACCUCCACAAGAUUCCUACAAGCCCCAGAACUCGCAGCCCAUGAUGCUACAACAUACAGCAAUGGAUACGAAGAUAGAGGUGUCACUAAUUCUGGCGUCGAAAUGCUUAAAAUCGCGCUGAAAUCGAUAGUACCCGAGAGUCAACUGGAAAUAUUGUUCAAGCACGCAGCAUCAGCCGACGACGUCUUCAAAAUCCUCUUGGCCGAUAACGCAGCCGACGAUCUUCUAAAUGCUUGGCUCAACUACAUGAAGCACAUUAACCAUGCGAAUACUCUAAAAAAGACGAGUUUGAUCGCGACAUUAACAGCUCACUACGGUGAUGAUGGAAUGGUGAAGAUUAUUGAAGCAGCAAAGCAGGUGCCUUCUACAGCGACCAUCGCGAAGCGUCUGGAGAGCGAACUGACGCAGUUUUGGCUGGGUCAAAAAUACUCUGUCGACGACGUAUUUAAAUUGUUAAACCUGGAAAGAGCGGGGGAUCAGCUUUUCGUUAAGCCAGAAGUAGUCGCGUGGGUAAGAUACGUGGAUGAUUUCAAUGAGUUGAAUCCGGACGGACAAGUGAGUUUAUUCUCGUUUUUAACAACUUUCUACCCCAAAGAAGAAAUGCUGGUCAGUAUGCUUAUUGCGGCGAAAAAAUCUCCAAUUACGGAGAAUAUCGCUGUGCGGAUUCAAGGUGAACAAACCAAAACGUGGCUCGCUGACAAGAAAUCCCCGGCUGAUAUCUUCACUUUAUUAAAACUAAAAGAGGAAGGAGCUCUUCUGUCCAGUCCACUAUUUAAGAGUUGGCUCAAGUACACGGACGAGUACAACAUGAUAAACUGGGACGAAAAAGUCGUGUCCAUCAAGACAUUGAGGAAACAUUACAGUGACGAUGUCCUGGCGAAGAUGAUCGUAACAGCGGGUAACUCGCCCAGUACGGAAAAUUUGUCAAGAAGACUGCGUUCCGAGCUACUACGCGAGUGGUACGACACGCUUAAACCCGGUGAUUUCGUCUUCAAAGCGCUGAAACUCGAGAGAACGGGGUUAAAAGUGUUCGAACGAUCCCUCUUUCCUCUUUGGAAGCAAUAUGUUGAGUUUGUGAGUUUGAAAGACCCGAGAAUUAAGGUGAAUUUCGUCUCUCCGCUCAUCAAGGUGUAUGGCGAGAGAAAACUGACGAGGAUCCUCACUGCAGCUGAGAAUGUCCCAAGCACGAAGAAAUUUGCUACAGAUCUACUAGACGCGUUGCUCAAGCGCUGGCUGAGCGAGAAGAGAAAUCCUAAAGACGUUUUCUCGUUGCUACGUGUCGAGGGAACGGCAGCAGAUGACGCCAGCAGACUGCUCUAUAAUAAAUAUAUCGAGGACUUUAAGGCUAUACUCUAGUAGCCACUUGUAAUAAAAACUAGAAUAAGAAC